AAAACCUUAAAACAAGUAUGACCAAGCCUAGCUUUGAGAGAGAGCAAAGCGUUAAUUCAGAGAUUGAUAACAUCAAACAAUGGAAACACAGCCCUACAAAGAAGAUUAUUAGUGGGCACAGUUCUAAUAAAAGUUCUAUAUUACAAAGCACUCCUCAGCCUAAUAAGAAGGAUUUCAUGCUGAAGCUAUUAGCAGAGAUGGAUACACCUAAAGCUAAAUUAGCACUAUCCAGAAUUUAAGAACAUUAGAGAAAUAAACUUGAAUGGGUUUACGUCGAUGACUGAAGGAAUGACUUCUCUCCCUACUUCUGCUUUAAACAGUGGUAGUAAGAAUCAGAGCUUACAUAGGUUCUCUAAAGGGUGUACUCAAGACACUAUAAAGAUAACUUCCCUUCUGAGAGGUGCCCUCAGCACUCAUGAAGAUGCUAAAGCAUCUCCUAAAAUAAGUAAAGAGAGUAGAUCUAAGAGAAUAUCAUUGAUUCAGAAGACGAUACAGAAGAAUAUUCACUUAAAACGACCAGAAAGUUUUGAAAGCACCAGGAGGAAUGUAUCUGAAGCAAGGAAAAUUUCAACUUUAGCUAAAUCGAAGGCUGAUGACAAUUUUACAGAAAACCUAAUGUUUUCAUCAAAAUUGCCUGAACUAAACUACUUACAAGACAAAAAGAAGCUAAAGCUUCAACACAAGUAUCACUGAUCGGAGCUAGCAGCUCCAUCGACUAUGAAGUUUGCUACCAAUACAAAUUUGUUUUCUCCUCCAAUGAAGAACCAUAAGGCUAAGGCUGUUGAGAAAACUUCAACUCUGAAGCUAAGAAAUCAUUCAGUACAUAUACCAAAUUUCUUCACUCCUUCAAAGCCAAUGCAGAUGAGGAGGAGUAAGAAGAAUAGAAGUAAUAGAAUCUCAUUCGGUCAAAAAUCCAGACUAGAUAAUAUAUUUCUUAAAGAGGAUGAAGAAGAUAACCUCCAGGGGUGAAAUGAUUUCAAAGAUGUAGUCAAGUGAAUCCAGACUGCUUUCCAUAAAAAAUCAUUAGGACAGAUUAAAGAUGAGAUCAAGAGUAUAAAUAAGGACAAUUCUAUUAAAAGUACCAGAAGAAUCUAGAGAACACUGUAAUAAUGAACCUGAUCCAAGAGAACCGUAAUAGGAAAUUCAAAAGCACAUUAGGCGACAAACUAGUACAACUCGAGACACUUGACCAACUAGAAUUGAAUUAACGACCCCCAAACCCAAAUUACAGAUUCAAUAACACCAUCAAC